GUCAUAAUAAAAAAUGGUUUAGAUUUUCCUAUUUAAGCACCAUGUCAGUCAAGCCAUUAAUCAUCACCCUUCUUCUUUAAUUUCUUAUUCCUACUAAUGUCAUAUUGAUACGCCACGCCGAUCCAUUUUCCCGAUCAUGGGGGCUUCCUACAUGUCACGACUGGUACUGAUCUUGAGCUUCUUAGCUGGCAACUCUGUUUACAAGAACACCCUUUCAGCCGCCGCAGACGGCCAAGCAUUGUCUUACCUAGAGUUCGGCAAAUCCUCCGGCAAGCUUUCCGACCAAGCUUGUGUCUUUUCCGCCGUUAAGGAAAUUGUGGACGCCGCCAUAAACGCGGAGGCUCGCAUGGGCGCUUCCCUCAUCCGUCUCCAUUUCCACGACUGCUUUGUGGACGGAUGUGACGGUGGGAUUCUGCUGAACGACACCGCAAACUUCACGGGGGAACAGGGUGCAGCGCCGAACAGUGAUUCGGUGAGAGGGUUCAGCGUGAUCGAGCAAGCCAAACAGAAUGCUAAAACUAAGUGCUCCGACACACCCGUUUCUUGUGCCGAUGUCUUGGCUCUUGCAGCUCGCGACUCCUAUGCCAAAUUUACAAAUCAAACCUACAAUGUAACCUUAGGUAGGCGUGAUGCACGGACGGCGAAUUUAACCGGAGCAAACACUCAACUUCCGGCACCGUUCGACAACCUCACCGUCCAAAUCCAGAAGUUUGCGGAUAAAAACUUCACCCAGAGAGAAAUGGUGGCCCUGGCCGGAGCACACACGAUUGGAGUUUCCCGGUGUGUGCUUUUGUGCCAGAGCGGUAAUCUCAACCCCAACAGAACCGCCACCCUACAAUGCAACUGCACCGCCACCGGAACCGCCGUGGUUGGCCUGGACCCCACACCCACAACCUUCGACAGCAGAUACUAUGAGCAGUUAGGCAGAGGUCAAGGGCUUCUGUUUUCUGACUCAGAGCUGAUGCGCAGCAACACAACUGUCUCCGCUGUGACCAGGUACAGAGAUGUGACUAGUGCAUUCCUCACCGACUUCGCCGCCGCCAUGGUCAAGAUGAGCAACUUGCCGCGCUCCUCCGCCGGUCAGUUCGAAAUUCGCGACGUUUGCAGCCGUGUCAACACCAAAUCUGUUGAGUCUAUGUAGAUGGGUUCAAUCUUUUCACCAUGCGUUUCCUCGUUUUGUCAUUGAUUUCCACUGAAUGUCAGUUUUUAAAUUUUAAUGUGAAAUAAGGAUUUGGAUGUGAAAAAAUGAUAAAAAAUGUUACCCGUACACGUUGAGAUUAUAGGCAUGUUUAUAUGUCUAUAAUCAUUUGAUAUAGACAUAUUGAUAGAAAAAGUCAAAACGAUUAAGGUUCACACACAAUAUCCUUCGAUAGCUAAAAUAGAAAUCAAUUGUCUAUGCACUAACAAAAACACUUGCCGUAUAAACAAGUGUAAGCGGACAAAUGCAAAUAGCAUUUUUAAAUAAUGAUACCCUUUCCAUUUCAAAGUUUAGACUAGAGUCCGAUGUGGGUGGAGCUCGAGUUGGGCUUAGAUAGAAUCAUACGGGGUAUUUGAUAAAUAAGAGUUGAGUUCGAGUUCAAAUCAAGUAGAAAAGUAUAUUACACGAUUUGAAUUUAAGUUAUCUCCGUGUUUUAUUUAUAUUAUAAUAAGGGAAAAAUAAUUAAAACACCACAAAUUUUGAAGGUGUGUGAGGUAAACACCUCAAACUUGCAUAGUUAAUUUAAAUACCCCAAACUUUAUAUAAAUUGUUUUUUAGCAUCAUGCUCAUGUAUUAUUUCUUUCAAAAAAGUAAAUUAUGGUGGUAAUCGCAUAAUUUAAAAUAGCAAAUUAAAAGUGUUGCAAUUAUAUAGAUUAGGGGUAAUAUUAUUUAUUUCACAAUGGAAGUUUAGAACGUUAAUUGUGUCUUCAUGAAUGCUAGUAUAUUUUUAAUUACGCAAUUAACACCCCAAAUUUACAUUUUUGAAAGAACUAAUAAUUGACUAUGGUGCUAAAAUAACUGUACAUAAAUUUGGGAUAUUUAAAUUACAUAUGCAAGUUUGAGGAGUUUAUCUCAUACCCC